GCGCUGCAGAAGCAACAUCAUCGCCUGCAGAUUUCCACAGGAAUGAGAAGAUUCUGUCUAUGUCCAACCUCAGGAAUGAGAGACAUGGGCAGGGUGGUCCUUCUCAUUCUUGUGGGUCUCUGUCAAGCCAUUUCUGCCUCUCCAGAAGAUCGGAGCAUCUCCGCUGUGAUUGGAGGAGAUGUUACUCUGCCAUGCAGGGCUGAGGGGUACAUGCCCUUUAAAGUGGUGGAGUGGAGCCGACCUGGAGCAAACCUAGAAUACGUUCUCAUUCUAAGAAACAAAAACUUGGACCCAAAAAUCCCCAAACCGGGCUACAAGGGCCGAGUUGAGCUGAAGGACCUACAGAAUGGGGACGUUUCUCUGGUUCUGAGGAACGUGACGUCUGAAGACAGCGGAACAUAUGAGUGUUAUGUUCUAAAAAGCACAGUCCGCAGGAAGAGAGCCAUUAAACCAAUCAGCACCAUCACCCUGAAUGUUCUUCCUCUGGGAUCCAAUCAUGAAAGCCAAGAUGAUGGAGGAAACAAAGAUGGUUCUGAUGGUCUGACAGGUGAUCUACAUUAAAUCUACUUUAUUUUAUCGUUGUCAUAAUUUCUGUAAAAGUCCCAGAUCCUUCUGCUGAUGGAGUAUCUUUGGAAUUUAGUGGUUCUAAUGUCUGAACAGCAGAACUAUGAUGGUGAAGGAGAUGUUUCUGCUCUUUGGUCACUAUUGCAGAG